AUGAGAAAUCUUAAGUUAUUUCGGACCCUGGAGUACAGGGAUAUUCAGGCUCUGGGGAAACCUCAGUGCUUCUCUCUCCGAACUGAACAGAAGACAGUGCUCAUUGGCUCAGACCAUGGACUGAUAGAAGUAGACCCUGUCACAAGAGAAGUGAAAAAUGAAAUUUCUUUAGUGGCUGAAGGCUUUCUUCCAGAGGGUGGAAGUGGCUGCAUUGUUGGUAUUCAGGACUUGCUGGAUCAGGAGUCUGUGUGUGUGGCCACAGCCUCUGGAGAUGUCAUACUCUGCAGUCUCAGCACAUGCCAUCUGGAAUGCGUUGGGAGUGUAGCCAGUGGUAUCUCUGUCAUGAGUUGGAGUCCUGACCAAGAGCUCGUGCUUCUUGCUACAGGUCAACAGACCCUAAUUAUGAUGACAAAAGACUUUGAACCGAUCAUGGAACAGCAGAUCCACCAGGAUGAUUUUGGUGAAAGCAAGUUUAUCACUGUUGGAUGGGGCAGGAAGGAGACGCAGUUCCAUGGAUCAGAAGGCCGGCAAGCAGCCUUUCAGGUGCAAACGUACGAGUCAGCUUUGCCGUGGGAUGACCAUAGACCACAAGUGACAUGGCGUGGUGAUGGCCAGUUUUUUGCUGUGAGUGUUGUUUGCCCAGAGACAGGAGCCCGGAAGGUCAGAGUAUGGAACCGAGAGUUUGCUUUGCAGUCAACCAGUGAGCCUGUGGCCGGACUGGGACCAGCUCUGGCUUGGAAGCCCUCAGGUAGUUUGAUUGCAUCUACACAAGAGAAACCCAAUCAGCAGGAUGUUGUGUUUUUUGAGAAAAAUGGCCUUCUUCACGGACAUUUUACGCUUCCUUUCCUCAAAGAUGAGGUUAAGGUAAGUGGUCUGUUCUGGAAUGCAGAUUCCACUGUGCUUGCAGUUUGGCUGGAAGACCUUCAGAGGGAAGAAAAUUGCACUCUUUUAAAAACCUAUGUGCAGCUCUGGACUGUGGGCAACUAUCACUGGUAUCUCAAGCAGAGUCUGCCCUUCAGCACCUGCGGGAAGAGCAAGCUCGUGUCUCUGAUGUGGGACCUGGUGACCCCGUCCCGGCUGCAUGUUCUCUGUCAGGGCUGGCAUUACCUCUGCUACGACUGGCGCUGGACGACUGACCGGAGCUUGGGAGAGAGUUCCAGUGACCUGGCUAACGUGGCUGUCAUUGAUGGAAACCGGGUAUUGGUGACAGUCUUCCGACAGAGUGUGGUUCCACCUCCCAUGUGCACCUAUCGACUGCUGCUCCCACACCCUGUGAAUCAAGUCGUGUUCUCUGCACACCCCCAAAAGAGUAAUGACCUUGCAGUCCUAGACGCCAGUAACCAGAUUUCUGUUUAUAAAUGUGGUGAUAGUCCAAAUGUGGACCCUACAGUGAAGCUGGGAGCUGUAGGUGGAAAUGGAUUUAAAGUUUCUCUUAGAACACCUCAUCUGGAAAAGAGAUACAAAAUUCAGUUUGAGAAUGGUGAAGGUCAAGAAGUAAACCCACUGAAGCUCAGCCUUCUCACCUGGAUUCAAGAAAACGUUUUCCUGGCUGUAAGUCACAGUCAGUCCAGCGCACAGUCUGUCGUUCACCAUCUGACUGUGGCCCCUUCUGAGACGGAUGACGAGCAUGGACAGCUCAAUAUUAGUUCAUCUGUGACAGUGGAUGGAGUCAUAAUCAGUCUGUGUUGCAAUUCCAAGACCAAGUCAGUAGCAUUGCAGCUGGCUGGUGGCCAGAUACUUAAGUACUUUUGGGAGUCACCCUCUCUGGCUGUUGAACCAUGGAAGAACCCCAGUGGAUUUCCUGUUCGGUUUCCUUAUGCAUGCACACAGACUGAAUUGGCCAUGAUUGGAGGAGAGGAAUGUGUCCUUGGUCUGAGCGACAGGUGUCGUUUUUUCAUCAAUGACACUGAGGUUGCUUCCAAUAUUACAUCAUUUGCAGUAUAUGGUGAAUUUUUGUUGUUGACAACCCAUUCCCAUACCUGCCAGUGUUUUUGCUUGAGAGAUGUUUCAUUUAACACAUUACAUGCAGGUCUGAGCAUCAGCCAUCUGUCUAAAGGGGAGUCUCUUCGGAAGGUGGAGAGGGGUUCACGUAUUGUCACUGUUGUGCCCCAGGACACAAAGCUUAUAUUACAGAUGCCAAGGGGAAACUUAGAAGUUGUUCAUCAUCGAGCUCUGGUUUUAGCUCAGAUUCGGAAGUGGCUGGACAAACUGAUGUUUAAGGAAGCAUUUGAAUGCAUGAGGAAACUGAGAAUUAAUCUCAAUCUGAUUCAUGACCACAACCCUAAGGUGUUUCUUGAAAAUGUGGAAACCUUCAUAAGACAGAUAGAUUCUGUAAAUCAUAUUAAUUUGUUUUUCACAGAAUUGAAGGAAGAAGAUGUUACAAAGACCAUGUAUCCUCCACCAGUUACCAGCACUGUCCAGCUGUCCAAGGAUCCUGAUGGGAAAAAAGUAGACAUUGUCUGUGAUGCUCUGAGAGCAGCCAUGGAGAGCAUAAACCCUCACAAGUACUGCCUGUCCAUACUCACCUCUCACGUGAAGAAAACAACCCCAGAGCUGGAGAUUGUGCUGCAGAAGGUACACGAGCUUCAAGGCAGUACUCCACCUGUUCCUGAUGCUGUGAGUGCUGAAGAGGCCCUGAAGUAUCUACUGCUUCUGGUAGAUGUUAAUGAGUUAUAUGAUCAUUCUCUCGGGACCUAUGACUUUGAUUUGGUCCUCAUGGUAGCUGAGAAGUCACAGAAGGAUCCCAAAGAAUAUCUUCCAUUUCUUAAUACACUUAAGAAAAUGGAAACCAAUUAUCAGCGGUUCACCAUAGACAAAUACCUGAAACGAUAUGAAAAAGCCAUUGGCCACCUCAGCAAAUGUGGACCCGAAUACUUCCCAGAAUGCUUAAACUUAGUAAAAGAUAAAAACUUGUAUAAGGAAGCUCUGAAGUUAUAUCCGUCAGACUCGCAGCAGUACAAGGAUGUCAGCAUUGCUUACGGGGAGCACCUGGCACAGGAGCGCCUCUUCGAGCCGGCCGGGCUUGUGUUGGCCCGCUGUGGCGCCCACGAGAAAGCGCUCGAUGCCUUUCUGGCUAGUGGUAGCUGGCGGCAAGCUGUCUGCACAGCAGCCCAGCUGGACCUGACCAAAGACCAGCUGGCUGGCCUCGGCAGAACUCUGGCAGGAAAGCUGGUUGAGCAGAGGAAGCACAGUGAUGCAGCCACAAUCUUGGAACAGUAUGCCCAGGAUUAUGAAGAAGCCGUGCUCUUAUUAUUAGAAGGAGCUGCCUGGGAAGAAGCUCUGAGACUGGUAUACAAAUAUAACAGACCAGAUAUAAUAGAAACCAACAUAAAGCCUUCCAUUUUAGAAGCCCAGAAGAAUUAUAUGGCACUUCUGGACUCUCAGACAGCCACAUUCAGUCGCCAUAAAAAGCGUUUAUUGGUGGUUCGAGAGCUCAAGGAGCAGGCACAGCAGGUGAAUCUGGAUGAUGAGGUGCCCCAGGGUCAAGAAUCAGACCUCUUCUCUGAAACUAGCAGUGUCAUGAGUGACAAAUACUCCCAUAGCAACUCCAGGAUAUCAGCGCGAUCAUCUAAGAAUCGCCGCAAAGCAGAGCGGAAGAAGCAUAGCCUCAAAGAAGGGAGUCCACUGGAGGAUCUGGCCCUUUUGGAGGCGCUCAGUGAAGUUGUACAGAGCACUGAAAAAUUGAAAGAUGAAAUAUACCAUAUUUUAAAGGUGCUCUUUCUCUUUGAGUUUGAUGAGCAAGGAAGGGAAUUACAGAAGGCCUUUGAAGAUACCCUCCAGCUGAUGGAAAGGUCACUUCCAGAAAUUUGGACUCUCACUCACCAGCAGAAUUCAGCUACACCUGUUCUAGGUCCCAAUUCGACUGCAAAUAGUAUCAUGGCCUCUUAUCAACACCAGAAGACUUCAGUUCCUGUUCUUGAUGCUGAGCUUUUUAUACCCCCAAAGAUCAACAAAAAGACCCAGUGGAAACUGAGCCUUCUAGAGUGACUGACGGUUUUCCUUUCACUCCCUCCUUGGGGCCUGGCUGUCGGGAACUGGGAAGAGUAAGACAACUACCUUAGCAGUAUGGAGAGCUGCUCUAUACACCAGACCUAAGCAGACACCAAGCAGUUCUGGUUUAUUUGGGGUAUAAUUUUAAAUAGCAAAAGGUUAAGCUUUAACCAAUAUUGCAUCAUUUUGUAAGAAUUACUGUUCUUUUGUUUAGUGCUGUUUGAGAGCAUAUUUCUGGCAUUUAUAGUAGUCAGAAGAUUGGCUUUC